AUGCCAUCCAGUGAAUCCCCUGAUCUGACGCGUCCCUACAGCGGCUGCAAACGCACGCGCGGUGCGCCGAAUCAACAGGACACGCGACGUGAGCGCACUCCCCCAGCCCCGCGUCACAUUCACACCGCGGCGCGGGCGCUUGCUGUUGGACUCAUGUCCAAUGUGACUGGAGCCUUCGAGGGAAAGGAGCCUACACAGAGAGGGACUGUGCGGAGGUUACUGCGUCUGGAGGCGCACGCCAUAUCGUCUACACGCAGCGUUAAUGCUGUUCCAAGUGACAAACAGGAUCAAAGUGAUGAACAGGGACAUAACUGCUGA